ACCGUGCGCACCCAGGUCGCGGAGCAGCGUUGCAGAGCAGGUGGUGUGGCGUUAUGUCAGUCGUGACGUCUUUCUGUCCGUAGUCUUCAUCCUUUUGAUCUAUUGUCUUCUUUUUUUUUUUUUUGAUACACUUCACAAUUGAAAUUAAAUCAUUUGCAUAUUAGAGUCAGCAUGUCUGGAAAUUACCGGUUUGGUUGUUAUACAAACCUCGAACAGAGACGAGAAGGGGGUGGUGUCAAUAAAAAUGUGACUAAUCGCUGCUAAUUACCCUUUAAUAUGUUUUAUUAAGUAUGAUCAUUUUGGCAGGGCCUAUAUGUUUUUAUAUCGCGUUUUAAGCGUGGAGAUGAAUUUCGACCUUUUACGGGACUCGUACUGGAGCCGCGGGACACACGGGAACGCGCACGUGUGGUCAAACGAGGAGGACCUAAAAAAUCCGCAGGAUGAAUUCCACCCCUUCAUCGAGGCCCUGCUGCCCCACGUCCGCGCCUUCGCCUACACCUGGUUCAACCUGCAGGCCCGCAAGCGCAAGUACUUCAAGAAGCACGAGAAACGCAUGUCCAAGGAGGAAGAGCGCGCGGUGAAGGACGAGCUGCUGGGAGAGAAGCCCGAGAUCAAACAGAAGUGGGCCUCGCGCCUGCUGGCCAAGCUCCGCAAGGACAUCCGGCCCGAGUUCCGCGAGGACUUUGUGCUCACCAUCACGGGGAAGAAGGCCCCCUGCUGCGUGCUGUCUAACCCCGACCAGAAGGGCAAGAUCCGCCGCAUCGACUGCCUGCGCCAGGCCGACAAAGUGUGGCGGCUGGACCUGGUCAUGGUCAUCCUGUUCAAAGGCAGCCCCCUGGAGAGCACGGACGGGGAGCGCCUGGUCAAGUCACCGCAGUGCACCAAUCCGGGCCUGUGUGUCCAGCCGCACCACAUCGGAGUGUCCGUGAAGGAGCUGGACCUCUACCUGGCCUACUUCGUCCACACGCCAGGCCCAUCUGCUGAAGCUGGUUUCUCUGUAUGCAGACUGUAACAGGAAAGGUGAUACAGUGGUACCUAGACCUACGAGUAUUUUGAGAUACGAGCUGUUUCUCCGCUUUUUGCCAUGCUUUAUGUUACGAUUGUAAUUUCAAUUUAGCUGUCGGUUGAAGGGGUAUUUUUCAUAGAGCUGUGCCGUUUGAGCACUAUCCGGUUAAUAAAUUGUUACAUGUUCCGGCUUUGUUUACACAAAAAACAAACACAAGGUUUGAUUAAACAGCUGACAUGCACAUGUUAGCUACACUCACGACACACUCCUGCCCUCCAACCACCGGAACUAAGAAAAUUAGUGCAAAGGAGAAGAAGCAGACGACGGAAUCAGAGAGACAUUAAAAAUUUGUCCAACCGGUUAGCCGCCUAACCGGUGUGUCAGCUCUGCCGCAGCCAGCGUCCAAACAAGCAACAUGUAUUUGUGAAAAUAUUGAUAAGCUGCACAUGCUAUGUUGAACGUGUUUUAGUUUGUCCUGUCUAGUUCUGACUCAACAAACUAGACGGUUGAGCAUUAACAUUUGAUACACAGACAUACUGUGCAUCUUGCUUUUUGUAAUUUCCUGACCUCUCCGUUCACUCAAAUAUGUUUGUGUGCAACAUAAACAUUGAUUUCCUAGUUCAUAUUGUUGCACCACAAAGAAGCGGCCCUUAGGAGACAGCUACACGUCUGCUCUCAGGUAAAUGCUGAAAAAUAUUACAUUAUUACCUAAAAUGAUUUUAGUUGUUUGUAGUUUAGGCUAUUUUAAUGUUUUUUAAUCAAUAUUUAUUUUUUGAAACAUACUUUUUUUAAUUUUAAAAGGCAUGUUGAAAGUGCUGUUUUGGGAGGGCCAAGCACGGAUUAAAAUGUGUUGAACUAAUUUCAGGGGGCUAAUUUAAGAUACGAGUGUUUUGAGUUUCAAGCUCUGUGCUCGUAAAUUUUGGUGCCACUGUAUUUAUGCAAGUAAACUCUAGGAUUGGAAAGGCUUUAAACCACAUUCUGAUGGACUGACUAUCCCUAUUAAGCAAUAUUUUUUGUCAUCAACUAUACACUGAGAAAUUGAGAUAUUUUUUUUUAAAAAGCUUGGUCAUUUUAACAACAUUCAAGCAAAAACAAAAAUCCUGGCUCUGCACCAACAUUUAAUGGCUUCACGCUUACUACUCUGCAUUUUUUGUGAAAAUUAGUUAAGUGUUUUGUGUAUAACCUUGCCAACUCACAAUUAGUUUGUGAUGAAAACAGAACCAGUUGGCGCAGGUUAGAAUCAUCUAAAAUUGUCAAAGUGCAGAAGCAGAACUUGAUUAUGACAUCUUGUUUUGGCUUGCAGUGUUCUGAAAAAUAAUACCAAUUUGGAAUUGAUGACAGAUGUCUUCUAUCUCCCGUGUAUCAACCGUAUCUGCAAAUUAAUUGCCUUUCCUAGUUGGUUGUUGUUUUCUAACUAAAAGUCAACCGGCAGUCUGCUGACCAAAUCCGGGUUCUGAGAUAAAUCAGCCCUAAGUACAAGUUCAGUUCACAGUGUGGUACUGGAGCAACCAACUAGAUUCCAGUAGAUCGUAAAAAAAAUCUGAGCACUCUUGUCAGAUCGAGGAAAUUUGACUAAGUUUUCUGACUAAUGAGAACAUACGGCUUCCGAUUUAAGUUAUGUCUCUUGUGACUUUAUUUAUGACUAUUACACAUUUGGUGGGGUAAAAAUGUUAAGGUAUUGCAUAGCUUCGAAUGGAUAUAUCCUCUUGAAAGCCAGCAUCUUCUGCAGUGCGCAUUGUGUUUUGCAUAACAGGGCUAUUAUUUCCAAAAUAUAAAAUUCUGACUAAAGAUAUAGACCAAAACAAAUACCCACUCUAUAGAAGACUAUAAAAAAUUAUGAUUGUAAAGGCAUUGGGAAAAUUGGGCUCCCCGAAAAGUUAAGUUUAGGGAUAUGUUGAUCGAUUGGCCGACUUCUGUGAAAACGUACGUGAUCGCCAUUGCCCUUCAAUGCUGAUCAUAAACGCCAAUCCCCUCUUACUCACAAGCAGCUCACAGCUAAUUACAGUACGUGUUUCUAUACACAGUGUGUAGCCGCUCUAAUGAAUUAAUAAUAAUCCCCACUAUUACAGUAAAUACGCUUCAUUUAAUUGUAUCUUAAAUAUCAUUAUCCAGUAACAUUAUUACCAGAUGUCAAGGCAAAAUAUGUUACACAACAAGAGUAGGCCAGUAGCAGGCAUGCAAAUAGCUGAGAUAACUGCUAAUCUGUCUUUAAACACCACUAAGAAAAAAAUCGAUUAGCAAAGUUUAAGAUGUGAAGAUGGAACAAUGUAACAGCAGAAAGUAAGCAGCUAUUAACAGGAAAUGAACAAGUAGAUAUACAGCUAUAUAACCACUGCCGAUGUGUCCGGAUUGUCAAAGUCAGUGCACGACACGUAAGAGGGCGGAUCAAUCCAUAAAAUGGUGGCGUCACCCCCAAAGGUAUUGUCAGUAUAUGAGCAAUACUUGAAUGAUCAGUGCAAUAUUUUUGUCUUCAAAAAUUUUUUGUUCUUUUUGUUAAUGUUUAUAAGCUCAGGGAAGAAAUCCCUAGAGACAGGAAGAUUUUGAGGGCGAAAACCAAAGGAUUUAAAUAUGUAGGUAUUGUGAAUUAGUUGGUACUAUUGACUAAACAAUUGUAUGUAAUACAAGAAUAAGGAACUGGUUUAGUUGAAUAUGUUUCCAAUAAAUGGUACUAAUAUGACAACAAUAGAUGAUAUUUUCUUUGUUUUAUAAAGUAAUAGUCAUUUUCCUGUGCACUUUAUUGGGACUCAAAAGGCAAAGAGCUUUGGUACGUAUAACAGUGAACUUGAAGCUGAGCCUGAAUUUGAGCUUGACUGGGUCAAAGCCAGUUGGAAGCCACCCCUCCCCUCCCAUUACGUGUUACACCCUCGCCCUUUCUCUCAGUGUCGGGAUUAAGGAGCAGUGGCGGCAUCAAAGACCUGUCACCACUGGAAUUAAUAGAGCGCCACACGUGCAUGAAAGCAAGGUUGUGCAACUUGAGACGGGGUUUGGGAGGCAUUUGGAGAUUUGACAUGGGGGUAUUAACAGUAUUGACAGGGAGGCGAGUUUGUUACAGACAAGGUCAUAGGGCAAGCGACGGAAAGCGUGUGUGAAAUGAUAUAUAGUGUGGUUUUCAAGGUCCAUGGGUGUAACCAUACAUGUGUUGAGAAGCCAGGGCAAAGAGAGGUUAUGUUUAAAGGUCAAAUCCUUCGAGGGUACAUGGGGGAAGUGUUCAAUCUGAAGUGGGAAUGAAUAGAGCCACUUAACACAACUUAAGGCCUAAUGUCACGCUUGCUUACGCUUCACAUGGUCCCUCAUGCUUGCUUAUCUCUAUUUCCAUCAGACAGGCCCACACCGCUAGGAGCCUUCCUUCACCCUGCCUCCUUAAAUGUAAAUAACACUUCCUGAACUAUACACACAUACCUGAGCACUCCCACCUUUUUCCGCAGGUUUCUGGUGCUUUCCAGAUCAAAUGAUAGCAGCUAUAUUACAGCGGAGACUCAAAUGGAUUUGGGGGCGGAUAGAAAGGGAACUGACAAAAAGAAUGAGUGCGAUCCUCUUACAUAUAGGACAUGCCUUAGAGUCCUCCAGGAUGUCUCGGUUUAAGAAAGCGUAUUCAAUCAUGUGGCUCUUCUUAGAAAACGUGAAGACACUCAUGGAAUGUAGUGAUGUACAGUAUGCACAUAUGACAUAAUGAGUCUAUGCAGGUUCAUACCAGUGCAAUUGUGAUCAUCUACAGACCCCCUGUGAGGACACAACCUCAGCUAGGAACAAGCCACCCCUGUGUUUCCCCUCCUCCUCCUCCUCCUGCAUAUCCUGCCUGCCCCGUCUCUCCAGGAAACGCUCCUCCUCCCUUCCUUCCUACAUCCCUCCCUCCCUCCCGUUUUGCCCUCCUUGACUGUUGUCGGGGUCUUUAUCACAGCUCUGCCCCCUUCCUCUUUCUAUCUGUAAGGAUGAAAGAGCCAGUGAAGUCCCUUUGAGCAUUAUUCCGCGUGUACAUAUAUAUCGUUGUCAGUGCAAGUGUUUCUUUGUACAUGGGGGACUUGCUAGCUCGCUGUGUGAGGGCUCCCAUUGAGCCAGAGCAGGUGGGCUCCUGCUCCUACAGUUCUGUUAAUCACUCCUUUCUCUCUGCGGCUGACUGGGUCAGGCCGAGGGCAGCCGACAUACAGACAGCCAACUGUUAAUUCCCGCCCGAGCGAGGAGAAGUCAAUGGAUGACGAGGCACACGGUGCGCUUAUUAGCCAAUGUAGGAAUGCUUCAGGUCUUGCAUGUGGGCUGCAGAGGAAAGUUGCCUUGCAUUUGAGUGUUUUCAUCACCUUUGCUUUUAAAGUCGUUUGAACCGGCAUCUUAUUAUCAUCAUAUCAUGUGAUUGUUUAUUGUUUCGCACAAAGGACAAAGUAAAUGGGACAAAGUGGGCUGAAUUGGAAGUAUGUCUUUUAAAGAAAAAUCUGGCCUUGUAAAAUAUGUCCGUCAGUUGUCUAGCAACAUACUUUUAACUAUGGAGAUGAGAGAUGCCGUGGGAUGCUAUACGGUCAGUGAUCAGGUCAAUGUAAAUGAGUUAGGCGCAUUUUUAAAAUCAACCCCAAGCAGACUUUAAAUAAUACUUUUACCGGGUUUUGAACAAAUAAAUGACAAGCAUUUAAGUAAAACAUUUAAAAUAUGUUUGUGUAAGAUAUUCUGAAAAUAAAAUUGCAUUUCCAUCAAGAUAUUGUUUUUUUUUCUUAGAUUAAUUUAAAUAAUGCAAUCAAUCAAUCAAUCAAACUUUAUUUGUAUGACACUUUCCCUACAUAUAAAAUGUAGCACAAAAUACUUUUAAUUCAAAAACAUAUUAAAACCAGUGCCUCCCACCCUUAACCCCCCAAACCCUAAACCCAUGUCCCCUCUACCACACACAUAAUAAACGUCAUAUAAAAUUAUAUGAGGCUGAGCACCCAAGAAUCAGAGAAAACGAUCUUAAGGAGCCGAGUGUACCAGGAGCUGCAUAAAAUUGACCCCGUUUCAAGUUGCACAAAAAGCAAAUCAUUUACUGUGAUUAAUAGCAAUUCAUCCAAAAAUAAAAGUUCGAUUAAUCUGAAUUUAAAAAUGUAUAAGGGGGACGGUGUGGCGAAGUUGGUAGAGUAGCUGUGCCAGCAAUCUGAGGGUUACUGGUUUAAUACCCACCUUCUACCAUCCUAGUCACGUCCGUUGUGUCCUUGGGCAAGACACUUCACCCUUGCUCAUGAUGGGUCCUGGUGAGCGCCUUGCAUGGCAGAUCCCGCCGUCAGUGUGUGAAUGUGUGUAGGAAUGGGCGAAUGUGGAAAUACUGUCAAAGCUCUUUGGGCUCCUUAAAACGGGGUAGAAAAGCACUUUACAAGUACAACCCAUUUACCAUUUACCAUUAAUUUGACAGCACUGUUGUGUUGCUUUACGUUAUUGUGAGCUUACUCAAAAUUCAAGGCCAGCAUUGUGAUAUGAAACUGAUGCCUUGACAAGGUUGGAAUUAGGUAAAAUGUUUGACGGUUGGUCAUAUUUACCAAACCAAUUAUUAACCCUGCAAGUCAAUAUGCUAUGUCUUCAUAUGGUUGUAAGUCACUCAGGUUUUUUUUUUUUGACAAACUUUGUUGCUCUGUCGGAUAGUUCUGCUAUGCAUGUUCACUUUCAAAGCAGAUCCCAUUAAAAAAAUUCCCAGAUGCGUGUAAAUAUGUUGUGAACAUGUUCAAUAUUUGAACCUGACAUUAGUCUGCUUGAUUAAAAUUGCUGUUGGUUUUGCAGAACUUUACCUAGGGUAGCUAGUGUGAUGCAUCUAAGGUCAAAUGUGUCCAUUCUAAACAAUAGAUGUUGAGUCCUGUGGGACACAAGGCUAAGACCACUGGUCACAACAUGUGAUGUCCAAUUUGGUACCUUUUGUUGUUGACAUUUCCUGACUACUCAGAUCUAAGUAUAUCUAUGGCUAAAGUAUCAGGCUACUGUAUAUAUUUUCACCUCUGACUGAUUUACUCAGUAAAGUUCAUGGCUCAUUCCUGGCCUGCAUCCAGUCUAAACUACAGAUACACAAAUCAGACAGGUCAUAGCAUUAACGGUGAAAGGCGUUAAUCUCUAAUCUCUGGUUGAAAAAUAAAAAAAGUUACAUGACGUAUUGUGAGCUGUGGAUUAUUAUUUCUGAUACUUUGGCCAGCAACCAAGAGAUUUCUAAAUCUAGCAGGGAUCGCUGAGUGUGUGUAUGUAAAAAAAUAAAUAAAUAAAAGUACACAGGACUCAUUCUAUCUUUUUUGAUUGACUAAGAACGGGGAGCAAUCAAAUGCAAACACGGGAGAAUGCACAACUUCCCAAAAAGGCCUACUUAGGUAUGUUGUAAAGAAAAUAUAAAAGUCGCAGUAUUAAGUAGAAACCUACCUCCCGGUUCUUCUCUCCCACAUUGAUGUUUUCUUUUUACCGUCCCCCUUCCCAUCAGGCUUAAUGCCUGUUUACAGCUCCAUUUAGGCUGCAUGCGUGGAAAUUGGGUAGGGGAUCUUGUGGGUUUUGUGUCCUUGGAGAUAACCAGUGAGUGGGAGGUGACAAAGGUAGCAUAAGCUGUUUGAGUGCACGUGUCUGCUUUAAGUGCAGGAAUAGAUCUCUGACAAACGAAAGUGCGGAGGGGUGUGCAUUUGUCAGUGUUGUUUGAAAAGCCAGAGGAGAGCUAAUCUGCGCGAGUCACUCCACCUUGUGUUUGAUCAGCCCGUCAUCUCUGCCUAGUAUAGAUGUCUCACUCCACUAUCAGCAAAAAACUGAAAGGGGGAAUUUAAGAUUAUCACCUAGAGCAGAAAUGCAGCAGUUGUGUGAGCAUACUUCCAAGUAGGACACGGUUUCUUUUGUGAGCUACUAUAGAGUGUUUAAAAAAAAGUAUUCUCAAUUGGAUCAAUUUUAAUUUGAGAGUUUUUAACAAAGUCCACAUCGUACUCAAAGCUAGCGAUGUCUGAGAACCAUGACUUAAACGCUCUGUCUUUUAAAUUCAAGACAAGAAAGAAAUUCUAGCAUUCUGCAGAUUUUAAAUGUUACUGUUUUAAAACAACACUAACAACAAAUCAACAUAAAACUGGCUAAAUCUAUGCUUAGAAGACCAGACAGAUGAAAAAAUAAAUGAAUAUAUAAAUAAAUAAUUCUAAAUAAGUAAAUGUUAUGCUCUUAGAAAGAAGCAGGGUAAGACAUAAAACUGCUUAGGAUCAAGGCCUUUUGAACUACAACCCAAUGUGACAAAGUGUCCCCUCAACCCUUCUCUUGUAGUAAAAUUUUAAACAUUUGCUCCAUUACUCUACUCUGCUCAUUAACGGUCUCUCUAUAUUUAUUUUAACCCUAAACCGUAUCCUUGUUAAAUCUCUGCUCUUUCUAUCCCAGUAAUGAUUUGUUUGGCAUUAUUAUCAGCUCUGUCAUUGUCAUCCUUGUCCCUGCAUCCACAACAACGUAAUCCUCUCUAACCAAUCCCUUACAUCCCAGAUUCCCCAUCAGCCGAUCAAUAAUCCUUAAUAAUGACGAUUAGCUAUGAAUCAGUCAAAUGAGGUGAGCUGCUAGCACAAUAGAUCAUACCGGCCCGUAACAUUACCAUUUGCCAUCAGAUAGUCUGCCUUGUUGAUCACGCAUGUCGAUGUUGUAAAAUUAUAAAUGGGAUGCUUUUGUAUUGCACCUUUUACACUAAUAGUAUUUAAUGGUACUUAAGCACUUUAUAACGUUUCCUCAUUCACCCAGUCGCGCUCAUAUUCAAUCACCGAUGGCUCAUCAGGAGCAAUUAGGUGUUCAUUGUGCUGCUAAGGACCACAUCUACAUGGUCUUUGAUGGAGCCACCAUUUCAUGUGUCAGACCGAGUUGUGAUAGACCCGGAAUGAACGCUAGUACAGUGUCAUUAACGUUUUAUUUCACAUGAAUCCCCCUUUCUUUCCGUCUGUUUUCCCCGGAGAGAGACAAUCAACGAGGUCUUCAGUAGUUUUGCCACAAAACCCCCUGAGUGGAUUACAUCACCACGUCUGGUAAUGAUGCUGUAGGUCACGAGCCCAUGCGCAUGUUGUGACUUCAUACUCAACUUUACGGUAAUAUUAGAAACAGUUGUUAGCAGCGAAGACACACACAGGGGCCUUUUUAUGAAGAUACUUAUACAAUGCCUUUUUGUUUCACUCCUUUCCCUCUCUUGGUUCUCUUUUAUAGACAAGUUAUGUUACCAAAGGCUUAAUGUGUGUAAAAAAAAACAAACAAAACAUUUGCGUUAACUUGCGAAACCAACCAAAAUUGAAUGAGAAGGCUCCACAGCUGGGCAGUGAUUGAGGAGCAAGAAAAUAAUUAUAAGGACGGGGGCAGGGGGAUAAUUGCAGGAAAGGGGAUUAUUAGUUUGUCACUAUCCUCAGUCUAAAAGCUCUCUGACCAAGGCCGUGGAUAAGUGAAAUCAUAUGGCGCUCUCAUCACGGAACAUAGAGGAGUGCGUAGACAAUUGUAGAGCCUGUAGGUGUACCACUUAACAACCAUUCAACUGGGCUCAUUAAAACAUUCGCUAACUCAUUUAUGCUAUGGUCCAUAUGGUACUGUGAAAUUGGGAAACGUGUUAGUGCUUGCAUCAUUACUCUGUUGCAAUUUGUGUAUUACCAUUUACCUAGCAGCGACAUGAACAUGAAAAUGUGAACAUAAACAAUUUUAUAUCCUGUUGAUUGUACAAAAAUGAUUGUUAAUGAUGUCUUGAAACAUCCAUCCAUCCAUCCAUUUCCUACCGCUUAUUCCCUUUUGGGGUCGCGGGGGGCGCUGGCGCCUAUCUCAGCUACAAUCGGGCGGAAGGCGGGGUACACCCUGGACAAGUCGCCACCUCAUCGCAGGGCCAACACAGAUAGACAGACAACAUUCACACUCACAUUCACGCACUAGGGCCAAUUUAGUGUUGCCAAUCAACCUUUCCCCGGGUGCAUGUUUUUGGAAGUGGGAGGAAGCCGGAGUACCCGGAGGGAACCCACGCAUUCAUGGGGAGAACAUGCAAACUCCACACAGAAAGAUCCGAGCCUGGAUUUGAACCCAGGACUGUAGGAACUUCGUAUUGUGAGGCAGACGCACUAACCCCUCUGCCACCGUGAAGCCUGUCUUGAAACAGCUAAGGCAAAAUGAAGUGCUUUACUUGACUUCUACCGGUAGAGGUAUUAGGGCCACACAAUCAAUAGACAUUGAAUUGACAUCAACGUUUUAAUUAGUGCGAUAACAUAACUGCAAGGGGCAAAGGUGUUUUUUUUUCUCUAUACCGGCAUUUGAGUGACAGACAUGUUAACAAAUCAAAACUGUUGGUUCAAACAGGAAGAAAGAGGUUUCACUCUGAGCAUCGCUCACACACCUGAGCACUUUUAUUUAAUAGUAGAAUUAACUGAAGACAGUGAGCCCUCUUUUCAAUCCUCCACAAUCAUUGUCUCGCUGGGCAGAGAGCAAGAUUGCUAGCUUUACAUACACAGGAAACACAGACAGGAAGCCUCACGACUCACUAGUUAUAAGUUCCGCAAAGUAACAAAAGUUAGUAGGAAAAAAAUAUGAUUACAAAACCAAAUGUCCUGUUGUGGUUAUAUUGCAGCUUCAAACCGAAUAGGCAAUAUGAGCCCAUCAACAUGGCUGAACGAUCCAGAAUGCCAUGAUGGGGAACAAAACAAAAAAAAAAGACAUUGUUUUUCCAACAGUGAAAAAAAGCACUUAAAGAUGUUCAGUGUUUAUUUAAUUUAAAUUUUUGCUUACUGAAGUGAGUAAGUUGAAUGUAUUUGUUUAAUUAUUUAGGAUAGCAGUUAUUUACCUCUACAGUAUAAUGAUAAACAUUUUUACUGUAUUGAGAAAUAAUAUCCUUUGAAAUGGUUACUUGCAUUAUUAUUAUUACAUAUAAUGAUUACAUUAUCAGUACAGUAUAGUUUUAUCAUUUUCUGAACUUAAGAGCCUGAUGCAGACAACUGCUCUGAGUUUGUCUGCAUAAAGCCAUGUAUUUUUCAAACUAAAUUAUUGCCUAUUGUUCUAAUGUGUGGCACCUUGAGACAAGAAUAUGUUGAUUGAAAGUCUAAAAGUAAAUGUCUUCCUUUACUUGUUAUUUUCCUAGUUUUAUUUACGUGGAAUAAAUAAAAAAAUUACAAAUCAAAUCGGAAUUUUGGAAAGAAAAAUUGCAAUGAUUUUUUUCUUCAAAAUCGUGCAAUUCAAAUUUCUGGAACUUAUGGGGAAAAUACACAAAAACAGGUAUCAACAAGCAUAAUGAGAUCCAAUUAACACACACUAGCAUCAACACUUGAGUUUAGGGAAUUAUUUCAUGUAAUAGAGGAGAAUACCAACAAAGAUCAUGAUUUAAUGAUUUCCACAUAGUCUAAAACUGAAAAUAACCUACUACAAUGUUAAACUUCCAUCCAUUUUUUGCCGCUUUUCCCUUUCGGGGUCGCGGGGGUUGCUGGGGUCUAUCUCAGCUGCAUUCGGGCGGAAGGCCGCGUACACCCUGGACAGAUCGCCACCUCAUCACAGGGCCAACACAGAAUGUUAAACUUGAUACACCAAAUAGCCACUUACUUUAUUAUGCUAAACAUGUGCAUCUGUUUGACCUAAUAACAAAAACGACAAAAGUAUGAAGGCACACGGAACCUUCAAUCAAAAAGCAGAAAAUAAUAAAAGCAAGAAGUCAUCAGACCAAAAAAUAAUUCUUGCUGAGAACCACAUUGUGUUAGUCUCCACUAAUGAAUAAGAAAAAAAAACACAAUUUUAUAUGUUCAGGGUCUACCCUCCAGGUGUGAGCGCUUGUGAAGUUGUCUCUUGAUUGCCAUCUGCAUGCCUCCUUUUCUCCACUCCACCGUGAAGGUCCUUGGCUUUAAAACAUCAAAUGUAACACUUAAAAGCUCGAGCCCAAACACUUGAGCAUAGUAUUUCUCACACUUGAGCAUGGUAUUUCUCAAACAGAAAGCAUCGCUGGGGACGGAGGCUUCGAAAACACAAAGAGCUGAAUGAGAGAGCGGAAUAAUUUUUUUUGUUUGCACUUGGCAGUGUUAAUUUUGUCAGCAGUUUUGAAUUUAGUUUUAGUCUGUCUUUUGAUGAAAAGGUAUUUUAGUUUGUCAACAUUUAAUCACCUAAAUUGAUUUAGUUUUAGUCUAGUUUUAGUCGACUAGAUUCCUGAACAUACAGGUAUCAGUCGACUAAAAUUACAGUACAUUUUGUUGACUGAAAUAUAAAGCACACCACAUCUUUGAAGAUACCUUGAAACUACUUUUAGGGUUUUUUCAGGGUAUCUCAAAAACUACGUUCACAAAAAGACCAUUGGUUAGUUAUAGACCAUGUUCUAUAACUAACAUAUAGAACACGCUAUCAGUAAGUACAU